CAGGCGCUAGCUGUCGCUUUCCUGUUAGGGGCAAGAUGGCGGCGGCAUCGGUGUAUCGAGCUGUGGGUUCUGUUGCUAGCCGGGCUCUUCGUCGGGGCCCCUGCGCGCCGCUAUCCUUAUGGGGCUUGGUAAGAAGAGGAAGUACUGCAUCCUAUGCCAGUGUGUUAUCUAAUCUUCCUGAGACAGAGGUUACUACUUUAGACAAUGGCUUACAAGUAGCAUCGGAAAAGUCGAGCCAUCCUACGUGUACAGUGGGGUUAUGGAUUAAGUUAGGAAGUCGCUAUGAAACUGAGAAGAAUAAUGGAGUUGGGAACCUUAUGGAACACCUGGCAUUCAAGGGUACAGAGAAAUACCCUGGUGCCCAAUUUGAAAAGGAAGUGGAAAGCAUUGGUGCACAUCUGAAUAGCUACUACUCUCGUGAAAAGACAGCCUUCUACAUGAAAAUUCUACCCAAAGAUUUGCCUAAAGCAAUUGAGAUUCUGGCUGAUAUAGUACAGAACUGCAGUUUGGAAGAUUCUCAGAUUGAGAAGGAGCGGAAUGUCAUCCUUCAGGAGAUGAAAGAAUCUGAUGCUUGUUUGUCUGACGUCCUCUUCGAUUAUCUUCAUGCUUCAGCUUAUCAAGGCACAUCUUUGGCCCAAACGGCUGAAGGGACAACAGCAAAUAUAAAGAAAUUGACUCGUGCAGAUAUAGUACAAUACAUGGAAUCUCAUCUCAAAGCACCUCGCAUGGUCCUGGUAGCUGCUGGAGAUGUUGAUCAUAAAGAAGUAGUGGAUCUUGCCCAGCAGCAUUUUGGCAAUCUUCUUUUUAAUUACAAAGCUGAUUCCAUGCCUGUUUUGCCCAACUGCCGCUUCAGUGGGAGUCAGGUCACAGUCAGAGAUGAUGAUUUACCUUUGGCUCAUGUUGCUUUUGCAGUGGAGGGGCCUGGCUGGAGUAGUCCAGACAAUCUUGUCCUUCUGUUAGCUAAUUCAAUCAUAGGACGCUAUGACCUUACCUUUGGUGGAAGUAAGAAUCUGUAUAGCAAAAUGGCUGCUGAUUUUGCUGCGAAAAACAUGUGUCAAAGUUUCCAGACCUUCAACAUUUGCUACUCUGAUACAGGACUUUUCGGUUUCUAUUUUGUCACCGACCGUUUCAAUAUUUUAUUCUCAAGUGAUUGGGGAAGGUAUGAAUGGAUGCGCAUGUGCACUAAUUUGCCUGACCACGAAUUGGAGAGAGGCAAAAAAGUUCUUCGAAGGAACUUGGUGGCCCAACUAGAUGGUACCACUCCAAUGUGUGAGAGUAUUGCAACCGAGCUGCUGAGCUAUGGUCAUCGGAUAUCUCUGGAAGAAUGGGAUGCCAGAAUUUCUGAAAUUAAUACCCAGAUGGUUCAGGAUGUCUGUAGUAAAUACGUGUAUGACAAAUGUCCAGUUGUUGCAGGAGUUGGACCUGUUGAGCAGCUUCUAGAUUACACCUACAACCGCUCUUGGACAUAUUUGCACCGUUACUAGGCUGUCCAGUGCAGGAUGGAAAUCCUCUGGAUCCUCUGGAUUUUCUUGUGGUCUUUUGUGUGCCAGUGGCAAGAUGUAUCCCAUACAUUCUGUAUAAAAUGCUUUAUGGCUAUAUAAAUGAUGUAUCAGAGAGAGCAAAAUAAAUCUAAACGAGUUGGUA